CAUUCACGUUUGCUGGAGUCCCACGCAGAUUUGGACAAAGCGCUAACCCGUACACGCAGCGAUUUGGAACGCAGUCUAAAAGAGAUGAGAAAUCAAGUUCAGGAGAGAAACAAAUCGGUGGAGAAAUUGAAGGAGGAACUGGAGUAUGUGCAGAAUCAACAGAUAAAACAACGAGAACAGGAACAAAAGCGUCUAAAAGAUCUCCAAUCAGUUCGGGAAGAAUUGGAUAAACAGCUCAGCUACGGAGUACGACUGGAAGCCGAAUUGACUCGCUCCAAAACUGCCAACAGCCGUUUAGAGCUUGGUCUGCAAGAAAUGGUCCAACAGAGCGCCGUAAACGCACGACUUCAUGAGGCCGAGAAGCGUAGCUUACAAGAAGCUCGGGACGCGGCGCUGAAUAAUGCUCAGCUCGAAAUUGAUCGACUACAGAAGGCAGUCCAUAGUGCGACUCAAGAAUACUCGAGCUGUUCGGAUGAACUGAAUCACAUGAAAAAUCGGCUGCUGGAGUGCAAGGAACUCUUGGCUCAAGAAAAACGAGUUUCUGAAGCUUUGCGCCAGGAACUUGAAAGCUCUCGGGCUAGCGCUAUUUCUCUUCGAGAUGAUCUGUUGAAACGAGCAAUGCAUGAGGAGGAGUUGACACAUCAAUUGGAUCAACUCAAAACCGAUUUGGUCGAAGAGACGCGUCAUAAGUUGGCGGUCGAGGCAGCUAACAAGUCUGCAAUGGAGGAGGUACUUGUUUUAUAUAAUACAAUGUAUUUGACUAAUGAAUGUCUACUUGCAAUUUUCCCAGGAAUCUUGUAG